GGUGAGGGGGCAGGGUCCCCCUGGCCCACAUCUGACCCUGAAGUUCGGUAGCUGUAUCCCUAGAUGGGGGUCGGGGAGGCUGAGGUCUCCCUUUGCCCGGUGCUGAGUCAUGGGCAUCCCCCAGGGUCAUAGCCUCAGCUCUGCCCCCCUCCCUCUGAGAAAUCCAUGACUCACUGUCAAUCCUGUCAUCCCAGCCCAGCCAGUCAAGGAAGGAGGAGCCCGGCUGGGGCAGGAGGGGUGCCCCACAAACACAGCCAGCUCCUCCCGACUCCUUUCGCACUGGCUGCCGCCCUGCUCUGCCUGCCGCAGGAGAGGCGGGAGAGGGGCCCCGGGCCUCCCACGCUUGCUGGCCAGUCGUGCUCCCAGGCAGCAGGACUGGAGGUAGCAGGUUGAGCCUCAGAGGUGGACCUGGCAAGGUGGUCCAGGCACUUGGUCCUUCACAAGACCCCCGACUGACACCAGCUACCUGGCCGGAACGCGGCAGACAGCAGGUGGUGACUUCUCGGGCUGGCUUCUGGGUGGGACAAUGGCUGUCCAAGUGCCCCUGCUCGUGGCACUGUCUCUGCUGAAUCUGCUCUUCCUGGCUCAAGGUGUCCAUGGUUGUGGCCCCCGAGAAGACUUCUGCUUCUGCGGCCAGCGGAACCAGACACAGAAGAGCAGCCUCCGUUAUGAGUGGACGCCAGAGCGGCACAUCACCAUCAGGAACUCAGAGGAGGCCCUCGUCAUCCACGCUCCCUUCCCUGCAACCCUGGAAGUGUCCUGGCCCUUCCCGGAACCCAGGGGCCUCUACCACUUCUGCCUCAACUGGAACCGCCAUGCUGGGAUGUUUCGUCUUCACUACGGCAGGCACAACUAUGUGCUGAGCAGCAAGGCCUCCGACCUGCUCUGCUUCCGGCACCAGGAGGAGAGCCAGGCCUGGGGACCCCCGCUGCUUGCCACCUCCGUCAGGUCCUGGUGGAGUCCAAAGAACACCAGCCUGCCCAGAGCCUCAGGCUUCACCUUCUCCUUCCAUGAUCCCCCUCACAAAGCCUCCUCCAACGCCUCGGUGGACAUGUGCGAGCUGAAGAGGGACCUGCAGCAGCUCAGCCAGAUCCUCAGGCUGCCGCAGAAAGCCUCACGCAAAUCGCCGGCCACCUUUGCCAGCCAGCAGCUGCAGAGCCUAGAGUCAAAGCUGUCCUUGGUGAGGUUCCCGGGGGACAUGGUGUCCUUCGAAGAGGACCGGGUCAAUGCCACAGUGUGGAAACUGCAACCCACAGCUGACCUCCGGGACCUGUAUAUCCACUCGCGGGAGGAGGAGGAGCAGAGCGAGGUCCGGGAGUACUCGGUGCUGCUGCCCCGUGUGCUGUUCCAGCGGGCCAAAGGCCGGCGCCGGGAGGCUGAGAGGAGGCUGCUCCUGGUGGACUUCAGCAGCCAAGCCCUGUUCCAGGACAAGAAUUCCAGCCAAGUCCUGGGUGAGAAGGUCCUGGGCAUCGUUGUGCAGAACACCAAAGUGGCUGAGCUUCCGGAGCCCGUGGUGCUCACCUUCCAGCACCAGCCGCAGCCGAAGAACGUGACUCUGCAGUGUGUCUUCUGGGUUGAAGGCCCAACGUUGAACAGCCCGGGCAGCUGGAGCAGUGCUGGGUGUGAGACCCUCCGGAGAGAGACCCAGACAUCCUGCCUGUGUGACCAUCUAACCUACUUUGCCGUGCUGAUGGUCUCCUCUGUGGAGGUGGACGCCGUGCACAAGCACUACCUCACCCUCCUGUCCUACGUGGGCUGCGUCAUCUCUGCGCUGGCCUGCAUCCUCACCAUCGCCACCUACCUCUGCUCCAGGAGGAAGCCCCGAGACUACACCAUCAAGGUGCACAUGAACUUGCUUCUGGCCGUCUUCCUGCUGGAUGUGAGCUUCCUGCUCAGUGAGCCAGUGGCCCUGACAGGCUCCAGGGCAGCCUGCCGUGCCAGUGCCAUCUUCCUGCACUUCUCCCUGCUCGCCUGCCUCUCCUGGAUGGGCCUCGAGGGCUACAACCUCUACCGCCUCGUGGUGGAGGUCUUUGGCACCUACGUCCCCGGCUACGUGCUCAAACUGAGUGCCGUGGGCUGGGGCUUCCCUGUCUUCCUGGUGACACUGGUGGCCCUGGUGGACGUGGACAACUACGGCCCCAUCAUCCUGGCUGUGCACAGGACUCCGGAGAGUGUCAUCUACCCAUCCAUGUGCUGGAUCCGGGACUCCCUGGUCAGCUAUGUCACCAACCUCGGCCUCUUCAGCCUGGUAUUUCUGUUCAACCUGGCCAUGCUGGGCACCAUGGUGGUGCAGAUCCUGCGGCUACGCCCGCAUAACCAGAAAUGGCCGCACGUGCUGACACUGCUGGGCCUCAGCCUGGUCCUUGGCCUCCCCUGGGCCUUGGUCUUCUUCUCCUUUGCCUCUGGCACCUUCCAGCUUGUCAUCCUCUACCUCUUCAGCAUCAUCACUUCCCUCCAAGGCUUCCUCAUCUUCCUCUGGUACUGGUCCAUGCGACUGCAGGCCCGGGGUGGCCCGUCCCCUCUGAAGAGCAACUCAGACAGCGCCAGGCUGCCCAUCAACUCGGGCAGCACCUCAUCCAGCCGCAUCUAGGCCACCAGCUCAUCUGCCCCAUGUGAGGACUUGGAGCUGCCCACAGCCCCGGGCCUGGUCCUAACUGGAGAAGGGCAUGGACCUUGGAGAGCAGGGCUGCUGCCUUGGUGAUGAGACCUGACCUUGGGGAUGACUUGGCUCCCAGGUCUGGCCCCCAAAGGGCUCAGGUGUAUAUCACCACUCUGGCUGUGGGGACUGUCCCCACAGCCGUCCCAUCCUGGCGCUGAAGCCUCAUCUUUCCUGACCACACCAUCCUUGCUGGAGGUUGGGACCCGCAAGCCUUGGGGUCAGGCCUUUCGGACUUGGAGGCCUGGCACAUUCUUACCUCUGUGGCCCUGCCCAGGACAAAAAUGUGGCUGUAACUGCUCUGUGCCUGGUGGUCACCAUGUAGGAUCCUGCAGCCCUGGUUGUUCUAACCCGAGGGGGCACCCAGGGUAGACUGGGAGGGGCAGAGCCUCCAGGAGGAGAGGCCCCUGGAGCACAGCAGCACUUGCCUACCACUGUGCCCAGGUCCUCUGUCCUCCAGCUCCCAGCCUUCCCUCUCCCUUCCCUCUCCUCCCUCCUUCCCUGUGAUCACCCAGUCCUCCCCUGACAACUGAGUCCCAGUUUGGGGCAGUGGUUUCCAAGAGCUGCCUGGUACCUGCUGUAAACUUUGGUCGACUGCCCAGACCUUGGCCUGUCCCUGUUGGUCUCAGCAUGAUGCCUGGGCUGGGCCAGGUCUAUCUGUCUGGGCCUCUCUCUGAGUUGCCUCACCCCUGCUCACACCUCAGAGAGGCCUCAGCCUCUCCCGAAGCCUACCUGUGGCCAGAACCGUGUGACAGAGCAGCCUAGUCUUGUUUUCAUCCCAACACUUGGAAGGCUGAGGUGUCCUCCUCUGGUAACACUGGUCUGGACUUGACUCACCUAAAGGGUCAUCUUUGAAUCCUUGCAAGUAGCCGCAGAUACACCCACUGCCCAUCAAGGUGAAUUCUGCCUGUGAACACACACUGGACUCUCGCCAGCCUGUGUUAAGUGUUAGAAACCCAGAUGACCAGAUCUGGUCUCUCCCCUUGCAAACUCUCAGCCUAGUAUGCGAGCUCCAGGCAUGGGUCUGGGCACUGCCAUUCCUGGCUGGGAAUCCAGGGGGACUUCUUGUGGGAGGUGGCAUUGGAUCUUGUCCUCAGCCAUAAAGGUGAGGAGGAUGUUUUUUGUAAUACUUACUCAUUAUUUGUCUUUUGAUAUGAAGAGGAAGUAAUGUCUGUUGUAGAGAAUUUGGAGACUGUAGAAGAUUGUCAAGAAGAAAAAUAAAAAUCAGCUCUUGUUAUUGUCUAAGAAACCAGUGCGAGCAUUUUAGAGCAUUUUCUUCUGAGCUUUUCCUUGCGCUCCUAUUGGAAGCAUUGCUGACCCAGAUCCCCUUGGGCCAAUCAGGAAAAGCAGGGCUGUGUGUGUGGGAAGGGCAGCUGCUGGGAACCUUUCCAGCCUGUGCAAUAGGGGAGGAGGAGAAAGGGCUGGGUGGUGUGGGUAUCAGUGUUGGGGAGGUGACGGGGAGUGGAGUUCUGGUGAAGUGCAGAUUACAGACCCCGCAAGGAGUGGAGCCGGUCACUGCUCGUGGGAAGAGGCCCCAUGUAGCCAGGCUGUCUGCUCUUUCUGAGAAACACAGACAAUGGUGUCAAAAUCCAUUGAUUUAAAAGUGUUGGCAAAUCCAAAACAUUCUCUGGCCAAAGCACUCAGAUUUGAGAGCUGUAUGCGGCCCUUGGCUGGUCAUGUGACACAGGUGACCAGGCCAGGGGCCAGACUGAGUGGGCGGGCUACAGCAAUGAACCAGAGUGGAUUUCCCCCGAAACUCAACCUUAACCUUGUUCUGCUAAAUCUCUAUUCCUGUCCUGUCAAAUGGGCUAAGCAAGAAUCUGUCCUGUCCAGGUCACCUUUGGCCAUUUGUGUUGUGUGUAAAGUGCCACUGCAAGCUCCUGCUCCCAUGCAGUCUUCGGCUCCUCUGCCGCUGCCCCAGGGGAGCUCGGACAGGGAAAAGAAGCUGGAAUCCGGGCUUUGGAGGACCAGCGCCAGGUCUAAAAGCGAUACUUCUACGUUGUUGGUGGGAAUGAUUUGGGGUUUUUUGUGAGGUUUUGUUUGUUUGUUUGUUUUUGUACC